CGUUGGCCCCGUAAUUCAGUGCAAGAUUUACGGACCGUGCUAAACAAAACCCCAAAUCUAAAACAAAGCAAUUUCUAACCGUGGUGCUCAAAAGACUCAGCCAUAUCUAAUGUGAAUAUCGUUCAUUUUGUGUGUGCUUUCGUCGCUUCAGUACGGUAAAGUCCGAAAGAUUUUACCAUCGAUGACAAUGGAGCAGCAGACGGACAGCGUCACCGUUGCAGCGGAAGCUUGUGAACGGCCCAACAUCGACCGCAUCUCGAAAGCGGCCACCGCACCACGUACAUCGUCGGCGGACGGCAUUUGUCGAUUCAAUUGGUUCCUAUCGCUCCGAAGAAAACGGUCCUCGUCGGCCACGACCGUGGUGGUGGCCACGGCCCACAGUAAAAAGAACGACAACAGUGCGGGACCUGUCAAGGAUGAGUUGUUUACCAGCGAUGAAAACAAUCACAACAGUCAACACGAAGGUGGUAGCGUGUUUUACACCUUGCGCAAACGGUUCCAGAAGAAAUUUACCUCGGUUAAAGUGAAAGCAUUUGAGCCGAACGUGGCCAGUACACUGGGCACAACGACCACGACGAACGGCAACACCGUAAAUACGCACUGCAAUGAUACGAACCGUUGCAACGGUAUGGCGCAGGAUCGACUUCCGGCCGAUACGUGUGGAAGUGAUUUUGCACGGAUCGUUAUUGAGCGGCAUGCCCAGAAUCCGAUACGGUUUUCAUCGCCCAACGCUAACCUGCCUGUGAUAAUGAACAGUAGAGAUACUGAACCAAAUACGGCCGAAGAUGGAAGGCCAUCGUUGGUGGACCCAUCAUCCGUCACCGCCCCAACCGACCAGAGCGCUCCGGACAUGGACAACAUGAUGGCACAGAUGCGCAUCGAUCUGCUACAGUACGGUUGGUACUGGGGCAAACUGACACGAUUGGCGGCCCAGAAACGGCUUGCCCAGAAGGUGAAUGGGACGUUUCUGGUACGCGAUUCACAAACCGAAAAGCAUCAGUUCACGGUCAGCUUUCGAAGCUCCGCCAUAACGCUGCACUGUCGUAUUGACUUUGAAAACAAUUACUGGUCAUUUUCAGGCUUAACUACACCCACACCAUACAAAACGAUGGUAGACUUGAUACAGGAUACGAUGAAAAAAUCUGAAUACGGCGUGAUAAGUUACGUGAAGCAGGACACAACCUUAAUGCCUCCGUUCCCUGUCCGUCUUACGAGGCCGGUCAAUCGAUUCUACGAAGUUUCCUCCCUGCAGCAUUUAUGCCGGUUUAUCAUACGGCAAAAGAUUGAUGCGAAAUCGAUCGACGAACUGCCACUGCCGGACAAGCUGAAGGAAUAUGUCGAGGAGAACUUCUAUGAUCUCUAGGUUAGGCAUUUGAUAUUUGGAUAGUAGCGAUCCAUAACUACAGAGGACAGCAUAAUGUCCUUUGUACCAGUGAAAUCUCAAUUAGGUAACGUCAAGCCUCGGUUCUCAGUGCGAGUUCGUCAUCAGAUGAAGAAGAUGAGCGGCCGAUUCGAACACACUCUGUAUAACAUGAUCACGUUUCAAACAGUUCGUUUCGUCCUCCAUAACAGACAACCAGCGCUAUAACAAAUACUAUUCGCUCCAUUCAUCUUAGCAAAGUAGAUAAAUUCCAACCAGGAAGAUGAUAAAGUUCUUUGCAAGCUUAGUUGUCUUCAGAAACGAGAAAACACUCACACACAAACACAUAAUGUGUACAUAGAUAAUUGUCCUUGUCACGAUUGUAUCACCAAAGAUAAGAAAAGAAUUGAUUGAUUAAACAAUAAAAAGGAGUUCUAA